AUGGCAACCAACCGAAGAAAUCCUUCGGCCAUGUCAGAUAUACCACCACCCUCACCUUCACCACUUAAACCAGUCAACACUGCUAGUAACAAUACUUCGCCUGUAUUAUCAGCCACUACUACUACAACAUGUACAAGUUCUUUGUACCAUAUCUGUCGCUCUGUAUUGGGCAGAUUAGCUUCUGUUGAGGGCAUGGCUGAAUAUAUUUAUUCGGAAACAUCAACCGACCCGCUUUCAAAAUUGACAUCCAUUUGCCGUCAAGGUUUCCCUUUGUGUACCUUGUAUAAUGCCUUGAAUCCUGCUAAACCACUUGGUGUAGAAAGUGAUCCUAACCUAAAUGCUCGCAAUUCUUGCAAAGCCAAUGUCUACCAUUUUAUUGUUGCUUGUAGACAAGAUUUAUUGUUCCCAGAAGAAGAUAUGUUUACUAUCUCUGAUUUAUACCAAGAUGAUACCAAUGGCUUUGUUAAAGUCGUAAAUACCAUUCAUAAGUUAUUACAGCUAUUGGAAAAUCGCGGCAUCAUUACCGUUCGAUCAUCAAAUAGAAACUCAGAUAGUAAUAAUCAAAAUAUGGAAUUAAACAACAAUGCUCCAAAAAAUACGCGAGAUAAAGUUGUUUUGGAGUUGUUGGAAACAGAACGCAAAUAUGUACAAGAUAUGGAAAUUCUUCAGAACUAUAUGCGUGAAUUGCAAUUCAAAAAAAUAGUUUCCCCUGAUACGAUACAUUACUUAUUUGGAAACUUAAAUGCUUUAGUUGACUUUCAACGUCGUUUUCUAAUUCAGCUCGAAGAAAUCGCUGAGAAGCAACCGGAAGAGCAACGUAUUGGUCACUUGUUUCUGCAAAUGGAAGAAUCGUUUUGUGUCUAUGAACCUUAUUGUGCCAAUUAUUAUUCGGCUCAAGAUUUAGUCGUGCAAGAAACCCCCCGUUUGCAAAAGCUGGAUCAUAUUUUAAACCCAAUAUAUGAGUUGCCUUCUUUAUUAAUUAAACCCGUUCAGCGUAUUUGCAAAUACCCCCUUUUAUUGCAGGAGCUUGUCAAAAGUACCGAUCCUUCCUGGCCUUAUUAUGCUGAAAUGCAGCAAAGUGUAGACGCUAUCAAACGUGUCACUGAAAAAGUGAACGAGACACAAAGACAACACGAAAACAUUCAAGCUGUACAAGAAUUAAAGAAGCGCCUGGAUGACUGGAGAGAAUUGACGAUUGAUGGCUACGGUAACCUCUUGCUUCAAGAAAAAUUGUUUAUCUCAUGCCAAGCAACGGAUAACAGUGAACGUGAACUCCAUGUCUUUUGUUUCGACAAGGCUCUUUUACUCUGUAAAGAGUCUAAAGGAAACAACCUUCUACCCAAGAGUAACACUCUUUCGAUCAACAAGAAGAAGCGCCGUGGCAGUCUUGUUCCCAAAUUUAUUGUCCAGACUUCUUCUAUAGCAGACAUGACAAGCCGAUUUAAAAACAAUGCUUGGUGGCUUCAUAUUGAUUUGGAAAAUAGUGAAUCAGAUCAAUUGUCUAUCAAAUUCAGAAAUGAAGAACAACUCAAACUUUGGGUAAAUACGCUUACUAAGGCUGUCAAGAAAGCACUUGCUGAUGCUGAAUCAGACCAUUUGAUGUCUACUCAACUCACAAGUCCUUAUUCAGAUGACUAUGAAGAUGAGGAGGAAGACGACUUCUUUGAUGAAGAUGAAGAAGACUACAUCAUCAAUCGUUCUCGUAGUAAUUCAAUCAGUCAACAACAACAACAAAUGAUUCGUGGCAAGUUAGGACCUGUCCAAAGUCACGACAUGUCUUACAAGUACAGUAACACAGGUCGUCCCUAUCAUAACGUGCCUGGUAUGAACCUGUCUCCUUUGCCUCGUUCCAAUAACUAUCAUUAUUACCCAGCCUCACCACCACCAUCCAAUCCUUCGUCGCCUACAAGUUCCUCUUCGCGCGUUCCUAGUAGCUCUGGAUGGCUUCGUAGUGAUAGUGGCCAUGCUUAUUCAGAUAUGUCAUUGCUUGAUUAUCACCCAGAUAGUCCUCAGCAUUAUCUCUUGACCACAGGACGUUCUCAAUCUCAUUCAGCAGCCAGUGGUAAUAAUACAAGACCUACUUUACCUAUCAAUCAAAACCGUCUUCGGUCACAGAGCAGUCCAAAUAUCAUGAAGAACAAUACACCCAUGCCCAUGAUGACUAUCUCUACCUCUUCUACCUCAACACAUCAAGAGAAAAUACCUCAAGUGCCUAUGAUGCGCCACCACAAUCAUAAGCCUGCUCCACUUGACUUAUCACGUCCAUCCAAGCUGGAAGCAGCUCAAAUGAUUCGUUCUGUUGCUUCUACCCCACGUUUGACUGACAUUGCACUUGCUCAUGCAGGAUUGCCUCCUUCUCCCGGAACUAUCAAAAUCAAACUCAACUUCAAUGAUGGCAUUUACGUGAUUGUGGCCAAUCAUGAAGUCACUUUUUUCGAAUUAAUGGAAAGAGUGGACAAAAAGAUUCGCUUGGUAGCCAAUCUUAAACAGACUGAUUUACUUCGACUCAAAUACCAAGAUGAAGAUGGUGAUUUCAUCACUAUCAAUUCUAAUGACGAUGUUCAAAUGGCCUUUGAAAGUCGUGGUAUUCAUAACACUGUCAAUUUGUUUAUCAAUCUUUAA